AUGUCUGUACCCCUCAGGUGUGCGCGUGGAACGUGGGAGCCUUGGAUGACGCGGCAUUGGGAUUUGUUGCCCGCUACAGCCCGCACGUUUUGUGUGUGCAGGAGGUGUGGCGGCCACUUCCGGCUAUUAGUACAUCCCUUCACGGCGCGGCAUUUGAUUUAUUUGGCACACCGCAUUCCACAGGCAAGGGAUAUGGUCGUGGAUUGGCCACGCUGGUACGAGGAAGCCUCCACGAGGAAUUCCUUCUUUUCCCAAUUUCUUCCGGUCGUGCGUAAUUCAUGCACCACAGCAGAUACAGAGGGAUGUGGCGUUAGCAUGGGGAGUACGAUAUUUACCGGGACUUUUUCCACGGCAGCGUGCGCCCAUGUACCUACUCGUCGAACCGUGGAGGCACGCGAACACAUGUCGACGGUUCUGGAUCACCUGGUGACUCACAUCGUGGACGUACCCUUUUUUCUUGCCCGCAGCACUGAGGAGCGCGCACACGGAUGCAGCUUGUCCUUGGCCACUGCGAGGUGUCCCGGAGCGAAGCUUGUGAUACGAAAUCCGAGAAGGCGUCUGAUCUCUCGCAGCUCACAGACACAUGGACCACCGGCAUCGUCGCAUUGGCCGAACGUAUUAUUCGUGCCCGACAGCUCAAGCCAGAGGCUCGCCGCUCCGCCGUAA